AUGGCUUCAGCUGGCCGAAGAACACACUACGAACCGCCAUGGGGCAACGCGAGUAUCAUUGGAGUAGCUGGUAGUUCAGGCUCGGGCAAAACAUCUCUGGCAAUGGCUAUUGUCGCCUCGCUGAACCUGCCCUGGGUAGUCAUCUUAUCUAUGGAUUCGUUCUACAAGCCCCUCACGCCCCAGCAAUCGGCAGCGGCUUUCCGUAACGAGUUCGACUUUGAUUCCCCGAACGCCAUAGACUUCGAUAUCCUCGUGGACCGCCUGAAAGACAUCAAGAAUGGCAAGGUGGCCGAGGUGCCCAUCUACUCGUUCCAGAAGCACGCCCGCCUCCCCAAGACCACAACAAUCUACUCCCCACAUGUCAUUAUUCUAGAGGGCAUAUUCGCCCUGCACGACCCCCGGGUACUCGAGCUCCUGGACCUCAAGAUCUUCGCAGAAGCCGAUGCCGAUUUGUGUCUCUCAAGACGUCUGGUGCGAGACGUGAAAGAGCGUGGCCGUGAUAUCGAGGGCUGCAUCAAACAGUGGUUUUCCUUCGUCAAGCCAAACUAUUACAAAUACGUGGCUCCGCAACGAGAAAUUGCUGAUCUCAUCGUCCCUAGAGGUAUUGAGAACAAGGUUGCCAUUACCAUGGUGAGCAACCAGGUUCGCCAAACGCUGCAGAGUAAAAGCGUACAGCACCAGACAGAACUCCGACGGCUAGGCAAGAUUGCCGAGGACCGCCCACUCAGCGAGAAUGCCAUUGUGCUCAAGCAAACCAACCAGGUCAGGGGCAUGCAUACGUUGCUGCUGAACCCAGAGACAUCGAGAGAAGACUUUGUCUUUUACUUUGAUCGCAUGGUGGCCUUGCUUGUCGAGACGGCAGCCGACUUUUUGCCUUUUGUGUCGUAUGAGGUCACCACGCCCCAGAACACCACGUACAAAGGAUUGAAGAAGAAUGCAGAUGUCAGUGCCGUGGUCGUUUUGCGGGGCGGCAGUGCCUUUGAGACAGGCCUGCGACGAACCAUUCCUGAUUGCAGGACAGGAAGAUUGUUGAUCCAGACAAACUACCGAACCGGAGAGCCAGAGCUGCAUUUCCGAGCCCUGUCCACAGACAUUGCCGAGCACGGCUUGGUUCUGGUCCUGGAUCCCCAGUUCUCCACAGGCGCGGCGGCGCUCAUGGCCGUCAGGGUGCUCGUCGAUCACGGGGUGCCGGAGCACAAGAUAGUCUUUGUGACAUAUACUGCAGGAAAGGUUGGGCUGAACAGGGUCCUCAGCGUGUUCCCCGAUAUUAGGAUUGUGGUGGCAAGACUGGGGACCGAUGAGGAAGCGCGAUGGGUUGAAACCAAGUAUCUCGGUUGCUGA